CAGAGUAGCUUCCCUUUUGACAGUUCGUGACUUCUGGAUUUAGAAUCUAGCGUUUUAUCGCUCAGUGAUUUCUUCUCUGACUAGAGUAACAACACAAGAUAAACGUGGAAAAUGGCGUGCCCAGUUAAACUGUUUGUAUUUUUUGUUUUGAAUUGCCUGCUGUCACUGUAUGGAAGCGUCUCUGGAAAUAACGCGAGUGAAAUAGAGUCGUUCGGUGCUGAAGUAAACACCUCUCACAACUUACCAUUUUUGAUCAAAGAACGUGAAGAAAAACUGAUGUCAUUCACGCUGAGGAACUACAGAGGCGAGGUUUUGAGGAUUGUUCCAGUGUCUGAUAAUAUCGACAUUGCAGAUGUAAGAGCAAAUAUGACAGACACUUUGGAGCCAUUUUCUAGCAUGAAUUUCACUGCCAAGGUCAAAGGCAACUUUCUCGGACGUGUAGUGAUGAAAUUGUUCAUCAAUACCACCCCGGUUACUGAGGAAGAUAUGUACGACCUGGCAAAUUCUGAGGGAAAAGAAAGUGGCAUGGAAUGGUAUGAACUGCCGGAGAAGUAUGACAUCACAGUGAGUCGAGAUGAGAGUGCCCUCAGUCAUUCGUUUACAGGGAUCAUUAUCAUACUGGUGUGUCUGGCUAAUGUGGCAAUGGGCUGCAAGACAGAGUUGGCUGUGGUGAAAGAAGUCCUACAGAAACCCAUCGGACCUCUCACUGGAAUGUUCUCACAAUUUGUUCUAAUGCCGUUGAUAGCUCUAGGGGUGAUCUUUGCCUUUGAGUUUGAUCCUGCCAAUGCUCUGGGAUUCUUUGCCCUGUCCUGUGCUCCGGGUGGAGCAGCCAGCAAUGCUUACUCCUAUCUGCUAGCUGGGGAUGUCUCUCUAAGCGUUACCAUGACUUUGUGCAGUACACUGCUCUCUCUAGGUAUGAUACCGCUGUGGCUGUUCACGGUGGGCAGCAAGAUGUUGUACCACACCACCCUGGAAAUUCCCUACAUGAGCAUUUGUACUUCCCUGAUCGGCCUGCUCAUUCCAGUGGCCAUCGGCAUGCUGCUCCAGUGGCGCAAACCAAACUCGGCAAAGUACGUCGUCAAGGCUAUCCGUCCCUUCAUGAUUAUUUUCUUCAUCUUCAUUUUCACCGUUGGCGUGUACGCCAAUCUCUACAUCUUUACCCUGAUGCGAAACAAGCCAGAGAUUCUUUUAGCGGGCGCUCUUGUUCCGUACAUGGGGUUUGUCUUUGGAGGCUUGACGGCUAUCGUAACCAGACAGAGCUGGCGCAACAUUCGAACCAUCGCCAUUGAGACGGGGAUCCAGAACACAGGCAUAGCGAUAGUGCUACUGAAGGUCUCUUUGCCCCCACCUGACAACGAUAUCAGCAUUGUGGCACCAAUUGCAGCAGCCAUCUUCACACCCAUACCAAUGGUUGCUGCUAUCAUUGGCUAUGAGAUCUACAAGCGCUGCUACAAGAAAAAGCAUGUGGCGUAUCUCGAUGAUCAUGAGGGAGAGAGCGAGAAUGAGAUUGUCAAGGAUACGACUGAGCAUCACUACGUUGAGUUGAAGGAGAACAACAAUGCUCAUGUUGGUAUUUAGUAAAGCCAGGAUGUAUUUCCACAUAUGCCAUAAUUACCGGUAUAGUGUCUACACUAUUCAGUGUUUAAUUUUAAAUGUUAUGAAUAUUUUAUAUUUGUAGUACAGUUAAUUAUCCCCACGCUUUUUGAAAAAAAGGUGGGGAUAUUGUGGUGAUCUCCGCCGUCCGUCCGUCUGUCCGUCCGUCUGUCCGUCUGUCCGUCCGUCCUGGCCACUAUCUCCUCCUACACUAAAAGCACUAGAACCUUGAAAUUUACACACAUGGUAGCUAUGAGCAUAUGUGCGACCCUGCACUAUUUGGAAUUUUGAUCUGACCCCUGGGUCAAAAGUUAUAGGGGUUGGGGUGGGGCCGCGUCAGAAAUUAUCACUCAUUUUUUUAGGUUAUUUUACAUUUACUUCUUUAUUUCUACACCGAUUCACUUCAAAUUGAUACUGGACCUCACCUAUGACAAUACGGUCAAUCUCAACCAUGCAUGGCCCCAUUCCCAACCCUGGGGCGCCCCGCCCACAUAGGCCACACCCACCAAAAAUUUCCAUUUACUAUAAUUUUUUCAUUUCUACACGGAUUCACUUCAAAUUGAUACUGAACUUUUGUUAUGACAUUAGGGUCAAUCUCAACUAUGCAUGGCCCCAAUCCCAACCCUGGGGCGCCCGCCCACAUAGGCCACACCCACCAAAAAAUUCCAUUUACUAUAAUUUUUUCAUUUCUACACGGAUUCACUUCAAAUUGAUACUGAACUUCUCUUAUGACAUUAGGGUCAAUCUCAACUAUGCAUGUUCCCAUAACCAACCCUGGGGCCCCGCCCACAUAGACCACACCCACCCAAAAUUGCCUUUACUAUAAUUUCUUCAUUUCUACACCGAUUCACUUCAAAUUGAUAUUGAACUUCUCUUAUGACAAUACAGUCAAUCUCAACUAUGCAUGGCCCCAUUACCAACCCUGGGGCGCCCCGCCCACAUAGACCACACCCACCCAAAAUUGCCUUUUACUAUAAUUUCUUCAUUUCUACACCGAUUCACUUCAAAUUGAUACUGAACCUCUCUUAUGACAAUACGGUCAAUCUCAACUAUGCAUGGCCCCAUUACCAACCCUGGGGCGCCCUGCCCACAUAUGUCACACCCACCCAAAAUUGCCUUUUACUAUAACUUCUUCAUUUCUACACCAAUUCACUUCUAAUUGAUGAUGAACUUCUCUUAUGACAAUACGGUCAAUCUCAGCUAUGCAUGGCCCCAUUACCAACCCUGGGGCACACCUAGGUCAAACAUUCGGCGUGGGGAUACGCGUCGGCCUCUGCCGCGCCAUUUCUAGUUACUAAAUGUCAUACAAAAAGUAACAUACAGGAAAGCCUUUUUAAAUUUUAUUGCAUCAUUUAUUUUUAAAUAUUUUUGCGAAUCGUAAUUGAAAAACUGUGUAUAUGCUUUUCAUAUGGUAAAUGGGCAAUAGAAGUACUUACACAUAUUAUUUGCUGGUGUUGUUGUUAUGGGAAUUUAUGAACACACUUUUUGUUGCUCUGUUUUUGAAGUGCUUUACUUCUUACUAAAAGAUAAAAUCUAUAUGUUAUUCUAACUACUUGGUAUUAUUGAAUAUAUUAUGUGAAAUUUAUGGGUUCUGUUAACUUAAUAAUAAUAUUUGGUUGUUUUAGAGUCUUAGUCAACUUGAUAAAUAUUAAAAUUCUUAAUAUAUUCUUUAAUAGUCCCUAAUAAAACUCAUGCCUGUGAAUAACUAAACAUGUAAUAGUUUAUUAAAAUGAUUGUAAUGGCAUGUUCAAUUUUGUUGUCGGUAUACUACUCAAUUAGUAUGUAUUCGCUCUGUCCCAGCUGUUGAAUGUUAAUUAAGAUGCAAGACUGCUUAAGCACAGGUUACAUUUGUGAUUAGCAUAAUAAACAAUUCUUUUACUGUGUACUUACCAUGUUAAUAACAGCAUUUGAAUACAUUGAAAUUAGAAUGUCUUUGCUGUUGAACCAUUUUUUUUCAGUGCUUUCUAUUUGGAUCGAAAGCCUGUCUUCAAAAUGUAAAUUUAAUAUUAUCAUUAACAGCUUAAAAGUGUGUUCCUGUUGGUGUUGCUUACUGUUAAGAUAUUUGUGUGUUAUGAUUGUAUUAGUUUAUAUAUGUCAGAAAAUGUAUUAUUUAAUGAGAAAAGAAUUUAAAAGUAAUUUUUUAAACAUUGAAUUAUUAUUUAUGGCCUCACCUGUCUGAUGGUUUCUCUUGAGCAUAUAUGACUAACUAAUGGAAGCGUGAUAAAGUUAAAAAGACAUUUACUGGACAUGAUAAACCUAACAUGAUGGAUAAGUUUAUUAUUAAGUAAAAGACCCUAAAAUAUUGGACUGUAAUUUGCAAAUAAAAAAAAACCUAUGGAUAAUCAUUUUUAAAAUUUAAGUUGAAAACCAGGGAGUGAAAUAAGAUAUGCCCUACAAAGUUAUCUGGAGCUCUGGCCUCCUUUUAAAUAACAUACUGUCUGAAUUUAUGGGUGUAAUAGAGAUGUACUAUUUUGUAUCUUGAUUCUUUUGUAUCUUAAUCUCUUGGAGUAAAUCAUUAUAAUAAGUAGAUAUUUAAAUGAAAUUUGUCAUGUUCGAACAACAUAAUUGUGUAACCAUAACUUGAACAAAAACUUCUGGUAUUCAGAACAUGUACUUGUCUGACAUGUGAGACAAACAAAAUGUACCUAUGAGCCUUGCUGACAGAUACAUAACGAUUGUAACUUUUACUAAAUUAAAAUUGAUAGGCCUUAACUGGAUUUUACAAGCUUUUGCUUGUCUACAAGUUAAUGUGUGGUUAGUUUUAGUGCAUCGCUACUUAUUUUGUGGUAAAAUAAGUAAGAAAUUAAAUCAGUAAUAAUAAGCAGCUAAGUUUGAUUUCUUAGAUUACUACAAUAUAACUGUCUUGACAGUAAUCUGACAUUACAUUUAGGUUGAAGCAUUUCCUACAGUGUUAUCACAGAUUUGUUGUAGGUGUCAUUGUGUAAUACAAUUGAGUGACUUGUGAAGCAUGUUAAGAAUUUCUCAAAUGUAAUUAUUAUUACAACUUGCUAUAUAUUACGACAUACAGCGUCCAGGAGGGGAGGUAUUUGUCAUUACCACGACAAGAAGCUCUAGUUUGUUACAUACAAUAUUUGAAAAGACAAAGUAUCACCUUUAAUGAAUGUUUUUGUCAAUGUUAGUUACUGUGGAUUCAGCCAUGUACAUGCAAUAUGUUUUAGUUUAAAAUAUGUUUAUUCCUGAUAGUGAAAUACAGUUUACUCUAAAAGUAGAAGAGAAAUGACACACAUUUUCACAGCUAUGUCAUAAUAUCAUGAUGUGUGUAUUUCAUGUAUCAUGAAUUCAAUAAGUAUUGUCAUGCUUUUUACACAACAUUACCAUCAACCAAUAUUUGUUCAAGUUAUUCCUUUAUUUUCUAUCCUUAUUUUUAUGGUAGGAACUGCUUUAUUUACAUGAAAUAUUUUCAAUCUGUUUUGGAAUUAUCUUUUUUUAUUGCAUUUAUUACAAACAGCUGCGUCUAUGUGUGUUACUGUAUUUUUCAUGUAUAUUUGAAAGUGAUUAGCUUUUUAAACUUUAAUCAAAGGCAUUUUUAUCUAUUUAGUCAUAACCUUAAUGUGUAAAAUUGUGGAUGUGUGUUCAGUCGAAACAUCAGGUUUAUGUGAUUAUAUUGAAAUGAUUAAUUUUACUGAAAUAAUAUGCUUACAAAAUGAUGACUGCUGUUUAGAAAUAAAUAAUUUCACAUUUCAACAUGUUCUAACAGACUGACACCCUUAAUCCAUCAUCAUCAAUGACUGCAAACAGAUAAAUCUGCCCUUCAGUAUGACUAUCAUUGAUUUAUGUCUAUAUAAUAUAUCAUAUCCCUUUCCCACUUAGAUACAUAUUUUGACGUGUUUGUAGUUCCUUAGAAGGUUAAAUUUAAUUACAGACUUCUUUCUAGAUUAAAAUUUUAAAUUCUUCAUUUCCAACCUUUAGAUACUGAUGAGCAGCAAGCAGCAUAAAACCUGAACAGACUGUGAGUUACUAACAGGCUGUACUGGUUUUAUGCUGUUUGCACAUAGCCAUUUUCACUUAGCCUCUGGGUGGGAAAGGGAUAUCAGUAUCAAUAAAUUAUUCCAGAUAAUUUUGUCAAAGCAAUGGUCAUUUACAACACUUAUCUCUAGCUGUAUACUUGCAUUUAUUCAUAUGAGCAGUGUUCUGAGAAAACUGGGCUUAAUGGAUGUGCGUAAAGUGUCGUCCCAGAUUAGCCUGUGAAGUCCACACAGGCUAAUCAGGGACGGCACUUUCUGCUUAUAUGACAUUUUUUGUUGAAAUGAAGUCUCUUCUAAGGCUAGCAAAAAUCCAAUUUAGGCGAAAAGUGCCGUCCCUGAUUAGCCUGUGCACAGGCUAAUCUGGGACGACACUUUACGCACAUGCAUUAUGCCCAGUUUUCUCAGAACACAACUCAUAUGACAACAAAGUCUACUAGUCGGUUGACAUUAAGUGAUUUCAUUGAAGUGUAAAAUUAAAGCUAUAAGAGGUUUUAACAAGGCUAGCAUAAUAAUUCAUUGUCAGCUUUAUCUGUUAUAAAAACAAUUUCUGCUGGUCGUGAUGUUUUGCAUCAAUGAUCUUAUAUAAGUUAUUAAGAUAUUCGGUUUACUACAUGUACAAUGUCUGUGUGUACAUCACGCUUUUAAAUACACUUGUAAAAUGCCUGUGGGCAAACUUAAACGAUACAGUCGCAAUAUUUACUGUGUUUAAAGGGAAACCAUGUUUUAUGUUUAUAUUCUUAUGCACGUUUAGGCCUGUGAUUUUAUUCCAUGACCACAAGAAUGUAAUUGACACUAUAGUAGAAGAAGGCCCUCCAUAGUUUGUUGGACACUGAAUUGCCUUUCCCUCAUUAAUAUUUUUUUUAUAUCUGUUCUUUUGUUCUGUCCAACAGGUUUACUUGUAGCAUCUUUUAUAUUCUAUGAAAUAGCAUUCCCAUUUGCUGAUAAUUUAUAAAUUAUUUUUUAUCAAAUCAAUCAAAACAGAUUUUCAGAUUGCAUUUAGGACCGAUCAAAUAUGAUGAACUUGUUUACAAUAUUUGCCUUGUGGUUAAGAAAUCUAUUAAAAUAUUUAUUAUCUUGGCACAGGGUGCUUUUUAUUGCAAUGUUACAAAAGCUUUUAACAACGAUAAUGGCCAGAUGCCCUUUAUUUACCUUAAGUGCUUCAGCACUAAUAAUUGACUUGUACACAACAGGGUUAGAUUUUACCUGUAUUUACAAAUCGUCAAUUGUGUGCUGUAUCUUAAUUUCUAUAGUUCAACUGUACAGGCAUAUGUUUCAUGUUGAAUUGUGAGGGUUGGAAAGGAAACUAGUGGCGAUAUAUUUGAGGGUUGCUGGGAGAACUAGGCUUCAUGCAUGUGUGACAGGUUUUGUGAGUGUCCUCCCAAGUAGGGCUAAUCUGGGGCGAUACUUUGUGUUUUUAUUGAAAUGUUUUGUUUAAAGGAAGUUAAUUCUUAACAAAAAUCAAUCUAGGCGGAAAGUAUCAUCCCUGAUUAGCCUUUUCAGACUGCACUUGCUUAUCUGGGACGACACUGUACUCACACGCAUGAAGGCCCGUUUUCCAGAGCAAGGCUCAAAUAUAUGAUUGGUGUAUAAAUAGUGCAUGUUUUUACCUGUAAUGGCAUCUUCAGCAUCUUGCGCAUUUACAUGCAGCGGAUUUACAUCAUGCACAUUUUAUUAUUUUAGAAGUUGCACAGAAUGAUAGAAUCAUUAUGACUAGGAUUUUAUACAUUAAAUCAACAGAACCUAUUGGUCAUUGAAAAAAGCAAUAGCAGAUACAGUAUUUUUAUGUUAAAAUUAUUGUACUGAUUAAAAAGUGAAUAAUUGUGUGCUUUGAAUAGGUGCUUGUUUUUUGUUUCUGUAUUGAUGUUGAGAGUUUAAAGUUAUGUUAAGUAUAUGCUGUUGUGGUGUUGGUGCUGUUGUUUUUAUCAAACCUGACCAUUUUCAUUUUAGAAUCACUAAACUGUUAAGAUUAAUAGGACUUGUCCACAGAUUGGCAAAAUGACAAAAAAUUAAACAGGCAAAAUACCACUAUUGACAAAGAAAAAUGGUGGUAUUUCAAGCAUUGUUUUGUUUUUGGAUUAUCAACAAUCAAAAUAAUAACAUCAUUUAAAAAAAAUGGCCUUUAAAAAAAUAUGAAAACUGGUGAACAAGUCUCUUUAAUAUAUGUAUGUUUGAUAAUUUUGUUUGUAAUUUAUGGUUUAUAAUAAUCCAAAGCUGCUUGAAUCAGUGAAAUAUUCAAUAACAAUUAGCUAUGAUAAAUAAGCUACACAAAUAGAUAUCAUUCAAAAUAAAUUCUGUCAAUACAUGUA